UGUGUUCAGUCAGUUCAGUGUGUGGUGUGUGAGGCUGUGGGCAGUAUGAGCAGCAGUAGCAGCGCUGUCUGACCAGAACACCAAACUCCGCGCGCGGGCUCUCGCUCCGUACACCGACCCGGUUACCAGCAUGGCAGCUAAAAGUCAUCCACCGCUAAUGAAAAAGCACAGUCAGACUGAUCUUGUGAGUCGACUGAAGACACGCAAGAUCCUGGGAGUAGGAGGAGAAGAUGAUGAAGGAGAGGUGCACAGGUCAAAGAUCAGUCAGAUGCUGGGGAAUGAGAUAAAGUUUGCAGUGCGUGAGCCUGUAGGUUUGAGAAUAUGGAUUCUGUUCUCAGCAGUGGCCUUUACAGUAAUGGCCUUAAUGGCCUUGGCUUUUCCUAAUCAGCUUUAUGAAGUUGUAUUUGAAAGGGAAGAAACAGCCACCAGUGUCUCGAUACGUCUGUACGGAGGAGCCCUGCUGAGUCUUUCUCUGAUCAUGUGGAAUGGUCUGUACACUGCUGAGAAAGUGAUUAUUCAGUGGACUCUGCUCAGUGAAUCCUGCUACUUUGGAAUCCAAUUUUUAGUAACCUCAGUCACGCUGGUGGAGCUCGGCCUACUGUCCAACCACGCCAUCCUGCUCCUGCUCAGCCGCGUCCUCUUCCUCUCCAUCAGCCUCUCCUACUACUACCACCUCGGACGUCGACCCAAAAAGAUCUGAAAGGUGGAGAGCUUUGGCCUGUGAUGCUGCUGCGCCUGUAGCAGUUUAGUGAGAAGCUUUACCAACAUGCUAAUUUAAUAAGGAACCUCAGAUUUGACUAUUGAUCAGAUCCAGCCCUCGUUUUUUCUCCACUUUGUUUAGUUUUGGGUUUAAUACGUUAGUCCCCGUCUGGUUGUGGUGGAUGAGUGUGUCUCUGUUCUCGUAUCAGUGUGGGAAGGUGAAAGCUGUGCACACUUCCUUUAAUGUACACAAAGCAUGCCAGUGCAUGUUCUCAAACCAUUAGGCAGUGCUGUACCCGCAUGGCAGCGUAGACCAUCUAUUGGCUGGUGCAUUGCUUAGCAACAGAAGAGAAGGUGGUCCUGCCAAGCUUUUGUCCUGAAGAGAACGAUGCCAUCCGCCCUGGCUCCCUGCCCUGGGCCACAGGAGGAGCAUGGCACACCUGGAAUUAGAAGGUUUCACCUCUAAAUCUCCUCAUUCUUCCAAUGUCUGCGAUAAUGCACAAAUAUGGCUUUAACAUUUACAGUGUCACUGCCUCAAAAAAACAAUAAAAAAUAUAUACUUUAAUAUUUUAAGAGAAAUAUAAAAAUAUCAUUUUGGACCACUUCUAUUAGGAAAUUAAUUUUGAAACAAAAGAAUGUUAUGCCAAAGUAGAAAUCACCAAAUACAAGAUUUUUGAGUGACAGCAUUGACAGAUUUUUUUUAUGUGGGAAACUCACACCAUUGUAAAGGUAAAUAUAUUUUGGGGAUAUUUGGGGCAGUUACUAUGUAGCUUUGAAAUUCUGAGUUUAUUGUCCAUAUUUAGAAAUAAAAACUAAAAAAAAAAAAAAAAAAAAAACAUUUUAUAAUGCUAGUGACCUCUCGCUGUUCUUAUGACCUAGUAGUUAACACUGAAUUAUAUAGUAUAUGUGCAUAUAUAUAUAUAUACAUAUAUAUAUUUAUAUAUGUAUAUAUAUAUUUUGUUGUGCUUUUUAGAGAUGUUCAUAAUUUGAAAACAUGAAAUAUUAAGUUAAAAUUGGCUUCCUGCUCAUCACCGUUGAGCACCAUAACUUCUUAAAAGUAAUAAACUAAUUAACUAAAUGAAUAAAUAGAGAAAAGUUGGGACAAUGUGGAAGAAGCUAAUUAAAAAUGAAUACAGUGUUUCUUGUGUUUCUCUUCAACUUUCAUUAGAUUGCAGACGGUGUAAACCCAAUAUUCUUAAUGUUUUAUCUGGUCAACUUAAUUUAAUUUUUUAAGAUAUGUCAGUUCCUGCAUUUCAGGCCUGAAACACACACAAAAAAAACAGAGAUGGAGUAAAUUUAGAGCUAGUAAAAAAAAAUAUUUCAAAGAUUUGGAACAAAAGCAGUGUCCAUGACAAGUCUUUUUAUCUGUGAGAAGCAAAGACGAGCAGAGGAUCUCCAGAAAGUUAUUAAAAUAACUGGAAGAGAUUUGUAUAUUUCUCCCUCUACAGCCCAUAAUAUCAUUCAACCAUUGAAGAAAUGGAGAGAAGUUUCAGUGUGUGGACACUGUAUUAUUAUACAACCUAAAGCGUGUUUACAGAAAGAAUGAGAGAAAUGAACCCCUGAAACACUUGAUCUUUUGCUUUUCUAAAGGCUGUAAGUAGGAACGUCCAAAUUACCGAUUAGUCCAUUUUUUACUGUCUCAACUUUUUUUGAGUGAAGCAGGGCUGAAAAACAGUAAUGGAUAUUAUUAAAUAACAUAAAUUGACCAGAUAAAACAUGAAAUAUUUUGGGUUCAUACUGCCUGCAAUCAAAUAAAAAGUUUUUUAGCCACAUACUACAAUCUGUUUGCAGGUGGUAUGAAUAAAAACCUGAAUGAUGAUCAUUUUCCUCGACCAGUCUUUACUAUAAUGAAAUAGCCAAAGCAGCGUUCGAUUCUUGAUCAUCUGAGGAACGUCUGUUUUGCAUGAAUUGUUCAGCUCACACAGUUAUUCAUGGUAUUUUAGCUAACACUCUCAUCCAGUGACUCUUAAAGUAGAACUCUCCUUAAAGAGUGUAAAAUGGACUUUUGUUGUAGUAAAAAAUGAUAAAAGUUCUUACCUUUGAUGAAAAGCACAACUCCCAUAGCGUUUUAAGAUCCAGAAAUUUUGUGCUUUUUGCUCAGCCCUCUACAACAACCGCUUUAUAGUGCUAGCUUUAGCUCCGAGCGCUGCCAUCACUGUACUGAUAUAUAUAUAGUGGCUAUAUAUAUAUAUAUAUAUUAGCCACUGUGGAAGAUGAGCUGGAUAACAGUAUAUAAAGCGAUUUAUCAGGGCAAAUUAUGCCCUUAUACGGCUGUUGUAAAAAGUGCUGGGCAAAAAGCACAAAAUAACUAUCUCAGAAAGCUGCAGAAGAGCGGAGGUGUUAGUACUCUUUAUCAUGUUUUACUACACCAAAAGUCUAUUUUACACCAGUGUUCUUCUUUAAGGCCAAUUUAUACUUCUGCGUCAAACCUACGCCGAAGCCUAUGCUGUAACUCGACGCACACCUCCCUGUAAAUGCGACUACGGUUCACGUGACCCACACAUUCCCGCAUUCGCAGUUUACACUGCAGAGUGAUGCAGAGCUGCUGAUGAGCGCACGCACAGAUGCGUUUUGCUGCAUGGCGCACAGUUCGCUGGAUACGCGUAAUCUACAGCAUAGGUUGAACUCAGAAGCGUAAAUUGGUGUUUACUGGUGUAGUGCAGCACUGUCACCCAGACUGGGAAUUGAACCCUAGUCUCUACCACAUGAUGUGGUAGCUCACUGGCAGGUGCCACACCAACCUGCGAUCACUGCGAUACACCUCCAUCAGCACAGGAUGAAAAACAGAGAUAGGAAAGGAUGAAUAUUAAAAUAAUUGUUUGGAAUAGAACCGGAUAAUAUGUUGGCUAUGAACUGAAAAGGUUUAAUAAUUAAAACACACAGGAUCGAUGGAAGCCGCCGAUUGGUCAUGAAACUCAUGGAAGCCGCAGUUUGAGAACAGAGUUUAUUGUAUUAGAGAUAAAGAGUAAAGAGCACACUGUGUCUCUGUAAUGAAGAUCUGGGUUAGUGUAGCACAAAGACUUUUAAUUUGUAGUAAUGGCCGAUGUAGCAGUACUUUCCCCUCAUAUCUAUAGUAUUGCCUUAAAGUAGUGAGCAGCAUGUUGUCCACAUGUCUAUACACUGCCAGUAGUGUGUGUGUGUGUGUGUGUGUGUGUGUGUGUCAGGUUGUGCAGAUGAAAUGUGGGUUUUUCAUACUUAAAUUACUUUUUAUUUCAGAAAUGUUCAGUCUAACUGUUUUGUUAAGGGAUUUUAAAAUGUCAGAUUAAAAUUCUUAAAUCAGGUGUUUACUAUUUUGUUGUGAAGUAUUGUCACUCUGAAGGGACUAACUUAUUCCACACUAUUGAAUUAGACAGCUGUGUGGGUUUACAGCUGUUCUUUAGACUGUACCUUCCAUGUAUAUAGAGAGAAUCAUGUGAAUGUUGGUUCUUUUUAACGUUUGAGUAUUUCAUGAAGAGCACAGUUGAUAUGGACCUGCCUUGUUGUUUUUGGAAUAAAGAAAUGUUUGAACAGUAUCUGAUAUACAGAGUUUUUACAUGACCUGAGUCUGUGUUAAAGUGUGUGUUGUUAUAUCCAGUCCUGUACAACAUGCUAUUAAAAAUGUUUUCUCA